ACCCGGGCCCCAGCGGGAGAACUGAGCUGGGCCAGACCUUUUCCUGUGCUUGCAGACAGAGGAGGGCACUGAGAGACAAGAGCCCCUACUGCACACUCCCUGAUACCCCCCAGAAAGAGGCUCUGAGAAGUCAGCUGCCGGACAACCCACCUGGUGGGGACAGCAGCUUCUCCCUCUUGCCUUCCUUGGGAGGACUUGGUGCCAUGGUGGUGCGGCACAGCUCGGACAAGGGGAAGAUAGGGGUGGGUGUGCCACUGGAGCCCUUCCUGCACCAGGUCGGGGGCCACCUGAGUGUGCUGCAGUAUGACGCCUACACAGUCUGCAAGCCCCUUGUCUCCCAGGAACAGAAAUUCUAUGAGUCCCUGCCACUGGCCAUGAAGUGCUUCACUCCGAAGUACAAAGGUACCAUCACAGUGCGUCUCCGGAGAGACAGCAGAGGCCACCUUGGCCUGGUUGCCAACCCACUGAAGGAGAACCUGGAGCCUUUCCAGGUCUCCCCAGAGUCCAGAGCGGUAGCUCUCUGGCAGACACUUCAGCAGACAACCGGCAGCGAGAGCAGCCCCUGCCCCCUCACCCAGCUGGCUCGCUCACUGAAGGAGAGUGCAGCCAAGGUGCUCCUGAGGUCCGACUGCCACCUCAGUACCCAGGCCUCUCCGCUGGUGGAAAGUGAAGAUGGGAGCCAGGUGGAGAGAAAGGGCUUUAACCCAUGGGGCCUGCACUGUCACCAAGCCCACCUGACUCGUCUGUGCUCCCAGUACCCAGAGGACAAGAGACACCGGUUCUUGCUGUUGGAAAAUGUGGUGUCACAGUACAAGCAGCCCUGCAUCCUGGAUCUGAAGAUGGGGACCCGCCAGCAUGGGGACGAUGCAUCCGAGGAGAAGAAGGCCCGUCACAUGAAGAAGUGCGCACAGAGCACCUCGGCCUGUCUGGGUGUGCGCAUCUGUGGCAUGCAGGUUUAUCAAACUGAUCAGAAGAGCUUUCUCUGCAAAGAUAAGUACUAUGGAAGGAAGCUCUCGGUGGAGGGAUUCAGGCAAGCCCUUUCUCAGUUCCUCCAUGAUGGAACCCGCCUCCGCGCCGAGCUCCUGGAGCCCAUCCUGCGUAGGCUGCAGGCGCUGCUCACUGUCAUCAGGAGCCAGAGUUCUUACCGCUUCUACUCCAGCUCCGUCCUCAUAAUCUAUGAUGGGGAGCCUCCCCAGACCACCCAAGGCAGCACUUCUGGCGGCGUCACUUCCGGAGACCCGGCCAAAGUUGAUGUCCGGAUGAUUGACUUCGCUCACACGACAUUCAAGGGCUCCUGGAACGAGCACACCACCUACGAGGGACCAGAUCCUGGCUAUAUUUUUGGCCUGGAAAACCUCAUUGGGAUUCUGCGGGAUAUCCAGGAAGGAGAAUGAAGCUUCUUGGAACUUUCUGGGAUUUUUCUCUGGGCUGCAGAAUUUUGCCAAGGGACCCAAGCUAGGGUAGUCUAGAUUUCCCCUGUAGGUGUCUUUGUAAUAACCAUAUCUACCUUCAAAAGCCAUCUCUGCAUGUGGCGGGCGGUGUUGACAAUUGCUACAGAAAUCUGCUCUGCAGGCAGCCACCCCCCACCGGGCAGCUUGCACAGUGCAGUUACAAAAUGGGGUGUCAUUGUCAAGUGCACAGGAGGGUGUAGCCUGGGUCAGAGGCUAGCACUGUGGUGCUGCAGGGUGCCUGCAUUCCAGACUGCUUCUCUGUUGUCAGGCCAUGGUCUUCAACCCCUAAAAAAAAACCCCAGGAGGGAGAAGACCCUGGAAGAAGCCUUGAAGAAUAUUCUGCUUGUGUGGAUCAGCCCCUCCCCAGGUAGACAGAGCUGAUGCCUCCCCCAUGAGUCAUAGGUGGGACAGGGAUGAGUGAUCCCCCCCCAACUAAAUGUGAGGGGGAGGAUCCCUGCAGCCUAGUGGAACUAGCAAGUUUUCCACACUGUGACCACGUGAUGUCCCUGACCUGGAACCGCAGCUUCCAGAGGAAGCAGAGUGUACCCACAGAGGAGCCCACAGUGUUGGGCUGUAUUCUCCAUUUCUAUUUAUUUAUUAUUUUGGGUGCAGGUGGGGGGUGUGCGUUGGAAGCAGAGAACCUAGAAGACCAGGAACCCCAAGACGAUGUUUACAAGCAUGGUGGACACAAGUAAAUGAGAAACCAGAGCAAACAGGUCUAAUGAAUUCCUUCUUCUGCAGCAUUGAAGCUUACUACAAUGCCCUGGAGCCCAGCGCUGCGCUAUGCUCCCCAAUUAGGGAAAUAAAUUUGUUAAUAAAAUUGCUGAGGUCACCAGUGAUUACUGGUGCGCCUU